CGUAUUUUGAGUUUGCUUCAUAGAUGGUUGUUUAGUUCGUGGUUCCAUACAAAGACAUUUAGAGUAUCUGAAUUUGCCAGCAUGGAGGUAACACCAGUUUAUUAUGUUCAACUCUUGGAUGAUAAUUAUCUGACUGCUACUUUGGAAAUGUUAAUAAACCGUCCAGAAUUCACAAGCUCAAUAGAUACAAAUGUAAUUAUACUAAGCGAUACUACGAUAGAAGAAGAUAAACUCGAUAACAUCAAGACUUUUACUAUACCUGGCUAUUUUAUUGACUUGUAUCGUAGGCAUGAUUUAGGCAAAAAUGAACGGGAAACUGUUUUAAGCCAUGAAGAUUACUUAAUAGCAAUACAAUUGAUAUUAGCGGAGUACAAUAAGCAGGACAGUGGUGAUUUUGAUGUGGACACCAGUGAUGUUUUACAGACUGCAAAAACAAUCAUGAGAAUGAAAAUGGGAUCAAAUACUCUGAAUACUGAUGAGAACAGAAUUGCUGAAAUAAAGACAAUGUACCAUGAAUAUUUAGUGAAAUGUAACAGUGCUGACAUGGCAGACGUUUACCAUCACAUUAAAACAUACUUACAGGAAGAUGUUACUGCGAAAAAACAAAUACAUUUUGAUUGGUGGAACUAAAACAGAAUUAGAGCAAAGUUUUAUACAGCUUCUUUGUGGUGAUCAUGAAGUUGCUGUGGUAACCGUUGAAACGCCACUGGAGGAGAGUAACAACAAGCCAUCAGGCAUUGAACUACUCUUUGAUAGACAGCCAUGGUCUCAGUUAAACCUCUGUUCGUCCUGUAGUAAAUCUUCCCAAAUGCCUGCUACUGAGGUGUUUGUCAGAAGAGUGAUAUUUGCAUACUUGACGUUAUUGGUCAAUUCUAGAAAUGAGAUUGCUUUAGCCAGGUGUUUGAACAUACCAGACAGGGAGCUGGACCAUCUAGCUUUUACAGCAUUAAAGAAAAUGGCUAAAGAAAAAAAUAUGCCAAUGUUUCAGACUGCCAUCUCAUUUGUGAUGAAAAUACGUAUCAAAUGUGCAAUAACAGACGAUCCAUUGUCUCCUUAUGUCAAAGGAAUGAAUGAAUUUGUUAAUAUGAUACAAAAAUUACAAAUAAUCAUAGAGGAAGAUCCAGAUACAAGUUCAAGUUUGAGAAGAGUUCUAAAUGUCAUCAAGAAUACGAUAUGUAAAUCAAAUGAUGUGAAGUUGAGGAAAUCCAGUGUAGAGGCGGUAACUAGGAAACUACAUGAUGAGAUUGAUCAGUUAAUUGUCACAAAUAAGAAUGCCAACUCAAAACAAAGCCCUCAAGUUUCUGUUUCUAAUGGAGGUAGCAUCGCUGGACGCCAGAGUAUUAAACUUUUGCGCUUACUGUUAGACCAUGAAUGUUGCCAAGAUAUUGGUAAUAAUUCAGUCUCUGUGCUGAGUGAUUGUUAUUCCAGUCAGAAAACACCAAUAAGAUUCCCCUCACUUUUAUCACAAUUUAGAUCUCCUGAUCAGUGUUCUCCAGAUGAACCAGAAAACCAGACACUGAUUGAAAGAGUUUCCCUCAAGGUCAACAAGCCUCAGAGUUCAUUCCAACAAAUCAGUCACCAAUCUUGUAUGGCAUGGGCUGAUGAAGACAUGCUGAAAAAACCAGCACUGGAUCCUCUGAUGAUAUACCAAGAUGCCCCACUGUCUGCCACGCAUGAUGUCACCAGUGAUGUCACAGCCAAUAACAUAAAAAACACUAAAGAAAGUUUUCUAAUUGUGAAAAAACAAAAAGAUUUGAAAAAGAGAAUUCUUGAAGAAAUUGGAGAUGAUGAAAUUGAAAUUGAGGAACCACCGGUCGAAAAUGCUAAAAAAAAAUCCAAAAAGAAUAAAGAAGUCAAGACUAACAUUGUUAAAGAAAGUAAAUCCAAGAAAACUAGUAGUGUUACGAGGAAUAGAAAGAAAGCUAUGCCAUUACAGAAAGGACAGAAACAAAUGACACAGUUCUUCAGGCUCUAAUGACCAGACAAUUAAUUCAAUUUCUGUGUUGCAAUUGUUUUAUACACGCAUUCUUGCCAUAGAAACAUUUUUGAGUUCUUGUGCACCAGGAUGAGUUUCAGCAUAGUUAAGCUGCUAAUUAAAUUAGUUUAGAUGUAAAAGCAAAUAUCUCAAACAAGCAAAAUAUCACAAGUACUACAAUUAUCAGAUUUAUGAAUUGUGAUUCUAUUUGUUAAUAAGGUGACAAAAUAUAAAGAACUUUUGAUGUGUCAUAUAAGUUUGCAUGGUAUAUUUAAGUUUGGGAAGUAAUUUCUUGUCUAUCAGUUUUUGGAUUCUGAACUAUAUACAGAGUAGAGGUUUAACAAUUAAGACAAGUUUUAUUCUGAGAGUUUGAUUUUCUUUGAAUCUUAAACACCCCACAUUCUCACUUGAGAAUUCAGAAAGUAGAUUGACUCUCUGGAUGUUUUGGUACACCUGUUUAAGCAUUCAUGUCAUUACCAAAAAUGUUGUUGAGGGUAAAUAAACAUAAAUUUGUACCAUUUCAGAAUAAAAAUCUGACAUUGGUAAAUUUGUUACUAUUUAAUCUAAUCAUGUGUAUAAUUUUAAAUUAGAUUUAUUCUCAAGAUUUAAUAUUUGAGCCAAUAGUCCUCCUUGUGUUGGUGGUGCUCUUGAAACAAGUUUGGAGUGAGUUGACUACAAUUUUGUUGAUUUUUAAAAUAUGUUAAACUGUAUAAUUUUAUUAGAUAUUUAUUGAAAAUUUUUAUGUCAAAAUUGUUACUGCCAUUAUAUAAUUUCUUUUUAUUUAAUGAAAUUUUUAAUCAAAUAUUGUGAGUUAAGGUCUAUGAUUGCACAAAGCAUGGUUCACUUUACCCACAAUGCUUGUAUACUACAGUAUACUUGGGAGAAUUGAAUGGGGGGACUCACACACUUUGUACUGCAAAAUAUUUUAUUUUCGCUUGGAAUUAAUUAUCGCUAUUUUUGCUGAAGGAAUGAUUCAGUGAAAAUAAAAUCCAGCAAAUGUACCUUUUUUCCCAAUAUUUUACAUUCAACUGGUCAGAAAUCAGUGAAUAUAAAUUCCAUACAAAAAACCCCAAAAAGUCUUUUCAGCAAAUAUUAUUUCAAGCUAGAAUAAAGUAGUUUAUACAGUAUUAGCCUGGUUAGAUUCCUGUUAUUUUGUGGGUCUUUCUCCCGCCAUUUUGUGACUGUUUAUGAACCACAAAAUAAAAGGAAGAUAACCAGGCUAACCAUGUUAACUUUAUAGUGCAAGAGCAAUUCUGCUGGUUACAAUAUGGCUCUGUACAGUGGUCAGGAUUUUAAUAAUUUUAACAUUUAUUUUGAAGCUGUAUAACAUCACCACGGUUUGAUUGGUUGAUAUUGCCUUGACAUUAAUUUGUUCAAUUGAUGUAUACUGUAAAAUAAACAAGUUAUUCUGAUAAA